AUGUAUGGCUUUACUCUGAGCUCUUGCAUCAAUAGUCAAGCAGACUCCAUUUCUCAUCCAACCAACAUCUCAUUUCUCCUCCGACGGCGCUGGCCGUGGCCGUGGUCGCGGUUCCGGAUUCUCCGGUGGGGAUGGAGGAUUUCCGGCAGCUCGAAGGGGACAAUUCGCGUUGGCCGUGGAAGAGGAUCCGUCGGAUCCGACCCUGUUACACCUUUCGCUCCUGAACCUCCUCGCCAUCCAUCGCUUCCACCACCGCAACAGUCUCAGCCGCAUUUUCAAUCGCAGCAGCAGCCGCGUUCACAACCACCGCCCAGGGAUGAAUCUCAGGGAAGUCCCCGUCCCCAAUUUAGUGGAGAAGAGCAACCGCAACCGCAACCGCACUCGCCGACGCCGCCUGUAUUUGUGAAGCUUCAGGAGAUUAAGGGAGAAACUUCGGUACCACCAUCAGAGUUUGGAUCUGGACAAGCCGCUCCACCUAACAACAUAUUCAAUGCGUUGGGAAACGAAUUCCAAUCCAAUCCAGGAAGUGGAGCUGGACGAGGAAAGCCUCCUGUGGAAUCUGCUCCAAUCCAACAUGAAGAUAACCGCCACAUUCGACGCCCUCAGCCAUAUCAGCAAUAUCAGCGAUCACAAUCGCAGCAGCGUCAGCGGGCUCGACCACCCAGAGAUGAAACUCCGUUGGAGAUUCUGCUGAUGGAGAGAAGUUUGCUCAGAAAAUGGGAACCGAAAUGA